GAGACUACGUCGUUUGUAUGGUAGGGACCAUAUGCGCGAUCUACGACAUGCCACGGCGAUGAUGUAAUGUUUGCACGCCGGGGAAGGUGCGGUGUGGCGGGGUGUUUGCUCGCCGACACUUGGUCAAUUUUUAACGACUGGUCCUGUUUGACUGAGUGUGCGUACACGGGUACAGAGCAGCACCAACUAUAGGAUCGCAACACAAUAAGGUUGACUCGAUGAAGAUGGCGUCGUUCAUCGACGCGAACGAGUCUGCGAAGCCACGGGGACAGACGUACGUGUUGUCGGUACACAGCGCCGCCGUGCUGCGGAACCUCAACGAGUUCAGGCUGCAGGACGGGCAUCUCUGCGACGUGACGCUGGUAGCAGAGGGGAAAGAGUUCGCCGUGCACCGCGCCGUCAUGGCGGCGGCUUCCGAGUACUUCCGAGCCAUGUUUACGGGCGACAUGAAGGAGGCUACCGAAUCAAAAGUCGAGCUACGCGGCAUGCCCGCAGUCGGACUCGAACACAUCAUCGACUUUGCCUACACGUCUAAAAUCUGCCUGUGCAUGGAUAAAAUCAGGGACGUUUUAAUGGCUGCAACGUACAUCCAACUCACUCCCAUCAUCGACUUCUGCAGCGAGUUUCUCAUCUCGGAAAUAAACAUUGACAACUGCGUGGAUAUCGGACACAUCGCUCACGACUACCACCUGGCGAAGGUCGACAGAACUGCCGACGACUUCAUCCUCAAGAACUUUUCCGUCCUGGCCAAGAAGGAGGAAGACUUUGUCCGACUCACGCUCGAGAAGUUGGUGUUUUUGUUGGCCAGGGACGAGCUGCUCGCCUCCUCGGAACUGGAGAUUUUCAAAGCCGCUGCCACAUGGCUCUCUCACGACCCUGACCGGAUUGAACACGCCAGUAAGGUUAUGGAGAAGAUCCGAUUCGCGCUCAUCCCCCCUGACGCCGUGAUAGAAUCCGUGCAGACCGUGGACUUCAUGCGCCAGUCUGUGGGCUGCACCAACCUACUGAUCGAGGCCUCCAACUACCACCUCAUGCAGCUUGCCCAGCCGGUGCUGCAGUGCGACAGGACCCGCGUACGCUCCCUCGGGCCCUCGCUGGUGGCCUCGGGCGGACUCACCAAACAGAGCAAAGUGGAAGUGUGCGCCGACGCGCUCUUCUUCGACAAGACCUGCUCCAAAUGGGUCAACAUGAAACCGCUUGAAAAGACCACCUACACGCACUGUGUCGCGACUCUGGGGAACUUCCUCUUCGUGGUCGGCGGACAGAACACUCUGGACCGCGUGGGGAAAUCGGCCGUGGCGUCGGCGUAUCGCUACGACCCCCGCUUCAACAGGUGGCUGCAGCUGGCCUCCCUGAGGGAGGCGCGGACGUACUUCGCGCUGUGCGCCGUUAGGGGGCGCCUCUACGCCAUCGGAGGAGAGAACAGGAACGGAGAGAUCGCCUCGGUGGAGUGUUACCUGCCAAAUAAGGACGAGUGGACCUACGUCACACAGUUACCCAUGGCGCUGUUCGGCCACGCUGGAUCCGUGCUCGACCAGUCCAUCUACAUAUCCGGGGGGUUUGCGUCAGGAACGUUCAGUAACGUGCUGUACCGUUACGACCCGGCCCUGGACCAGUGGGACUCGCGGGCGCCCAUGCCGACCACCCGGGGCUUCCACUGCAUGGCCAGGGUCAAGAACCGCAUCUACGUCAUCGGAGGGAACCAUUUCGACGCGGACGAGGAGAGAGUGGACGUGCUGACCGUGGAGUGCUACACACCGGAAACCGACCAGUGGUCCCAGGUUGCACCCUUGCGGGAGGGUCAAGGGGAGAGCGGUAUCUCGGUGUUAGACGACAAGAUCUAUCUCAUCGGAGGGUACUCCCUGGACCAGAACAGCCGCAUCAAGUCCGUCCAGUGUUACGACCCGGAGAAGGACCUGUGGGGCAACGUUCCCGACUACCCAGAAGCCAUCGCGGGCGUGGCGUGUUGCACCCUGGACCUUCCCAGCGACCUGAAGAAGACAUACAUGUGACGUCACCAGCCUCACAACUAAUCAAGUGGUUAGAUAUACCUUAUGACGUCACCAGCCUCACAACCAAUCAAGUGGUUAGAUAAACAUGUGCUUUGUGACGUCACGAGCCUUACAACCAAUCAAGUGGUUAGAUAAACAUGUGCCUUGUGACGUCACCAGCCUCACAACCAAUCAAGUUGUUAGAUCGAUAAACACGUGCCUUCUCAAACAUUGUGGUUCAUGUCAAUGUUCAUGUCAACCAUAAACAUUUGAAUAAGAAAGUGACUGAAAAGUCUGGUUGGUAGGAAAUACUGACAAUAAGCUGGCAAUUAAAAGAAGUGAGCAACAAGAGCAAAUUGCUAGAAUUUUCCUGAAUUGGACGCAUGAUAUACUAAAAGGUUACGCCCCAGAGGCGCCGCCAAAAAUUUAAACACUUGAGUAUGAGCUUUGAUACUAUGUUAUCAUUCCAGGUUGUUAACACUCCUACGGAGGGACCCCUCUCCUGACUGACUCAGUCUUUUCUUAGUCUCUCGGUUCUUGUAUGAAUCUUAAAACAUUGCCCAAAUAUGACAGUGUGUAUAAACAUCUGAUGGUCUUUAAAAGAUUGAAUUUCAAAGGAAGUUUACUAUGUAUCUAAUGUUGUAUGAUUCUUUAACGCACAAUUUUGCUACAUCAUCAUGUUGUUUAAAAUAUGGCAGAAAUCUAUAACCUUUGUGAAAAAAAGAGAAAACAAAGCUUAGAAGUGUGAACAUGACAUGGGCUGUUAGAAUCAGAACUACAUACACACAAUUUUGGUUAGAAUGAUAUGAGCUUUGAUUAGAAUG